CCAUGCAGCCUUCUUGCCUGUCCCCAGCCCUCCUGUGGUCUACUCUCCAAACAAACCCUCACCGUGACCGCUAAAACCGUAACAUAUGAUUCAACUUAAGCAAUUUUAGCAUCUAGUCGAGAAAAAAAUACAUAAAAAAAACGGCAUCCAGAAAAAGACAUCUAGUUGUGAAUUAACCGAGUCGUGUCGGUGAGCGAAAACAUAGCCUCGGUGCGUUAAUCCUCUGUUGUCGCUGCCAUGGAGGGGCUAGAGGACUCACAACCGACCGGUCCAGAGACUUCAGCAACGCGGAGAGCUGUGGAUCUGGCCCGUUUGAUUAACGAUGACUGCAACCGACUUUUGGAGCUGUAUAGGGAGAGAGAGAGCCUCCCGGCCAACAAAUCUUCGGAGGGUGGGCCGCGCCUGGUGUCCGUGGCAGGGUCCACCGACGACGACUCGCUGACCACGGCGGAGAAGGUGUGGCACCACCACUGCGCCCUGAGGCGCUGUCUGGCCCUGCUGGAGCGGCAGAUUGGCUGGGAGGAGGAGGAGAUGGGCGUGGACGGGGACGGGGAGGGCGAUUACGAGGUGGUGAGGCAGGCCGUGAAGGCGCGGCUGGGACACCUGCUACACAGCACCCGGGCUCUGCUGGAGGCGGUGGAGGGCGGCCAGGGGGCGGACCACCUAGGCCCAGAUCAUGACUGCACCCAGGGAACAGAUGAGGUUGACAGCUCCAAUAAUUAUGCCAUGAAGAUCUGGACCCACCAUCUUCUGCAGGAUCUGAUCCACUGGACCGACUCAGCGAGGAAGACUCUACACGUUCUCCACAAGGAGAGAGCGGGUCAGCAAGAACAACAAGAACUGUAGAACCAAAACAAGAAGAAAAAAAAACACACAGAGUGACCAAUAGCCUCGUGCUCAAGUUCAUUUUACAAUAUUGUGAAGCCUCGCGUUCGCGUGAAUGUUUGGCCUUAUCCAGUGUUGACCAUCUAUAGAGCUUCACGUGACAAAAAAUAUACACUCCGACAUGCCAUCACUGUAUAUGGUUAAGCCCCUUUUGUGGAUUAAUAACUUAAGGAACAAUAACUUCAUAUAUGUAGAUAAUUCUUUUUAAUCAGCCACUCCAUGACUGACCCAAUAAGUGCCCUUUACUGUAAGCAUUCCCAGCGGCUGAGCGCAUUUCUGGUCAAGCGACUUAAGGUGAUUAUUUCCAUCUACACUAAGUGCUUGUGUUCAAAGGCUUUAAGGGCUUAGCUGUGAGAGUUUUACAGAACUUAUACCAUGCAGACAACACAUACAUUUCGUUCGUGGACAUCAUUUAAUAUGAAUGGGAUUAUUAACAGUAAUAUUGCACGCCAGUAGUGUUGUUUCUUGAGCAUUGUCUACCGACAGUGAUUUUUUUAAAUAUUUUUUUACUUGGCCAUAAUUUCUGUCAAAACACACUUCAUUCAAGACAAAGGGGGUCUAAUCAUAAAACAGAGCUUUACAAGGUAUGGUAUCAUCUUAUUGUGACUAACACUGUAGCCUACAAUGCACUAACUGCUUAGAUGUAGCAAAUUUAACUGUGAAAGUACCAAAUAGCAGCGGUGCUGCAUAUGACAUCAGUUUACAAUUACUGUGACCUAACAGCAACCCAUAAUCAGCAAGGUCGGACAAACUGAGAUCAAUUUUUUCCCUUUUUAUCAUUUCGACAAUAGACUACAAGCCAACAAUACUGUUGCUUAUGUGAAGUUAAACACUGUGAUGAUUGUUUCUGCACUAAAUGUGAUAGCUAAUCGGGUCCGAUCUUUACUGACUGAACUGAAUGAGCAAUGUGAUGUUACCAAAACUGAUGACUGUUACACUGUGUAUUUGAUGAGUGAGUCUGCAUGUGGUGGUAAACACAUGUAGCAUUCACAGAAUGGCAAAAUAAGGAAUUAUUCAUAUGUAAGGGGAAGUAUGACUGCAUGUGAAGAAGAAAAACACUCGAAAUAGCUGCUUUGAGAAUGUAUAGAUUGUUAGGGUUUUCAGUGCUUUGGUUGUGUAAAUUAUUAUGGAUCUGUGGACUUACACUAAAAUAAAACUAGUGUGCACCUGA